UUUGAGGAAUAAAAAAAAAUGGUGAUGUGGGUAUUUGGAUAUGGAUCUCUAAUUUGGAAGCCUGGCUUUAACUACGAUGAUCGUCUUUUCGGUUUUAUCAAAGGCUAUCGUCGUGUCUUUUAUCAAGGCAGUACUGAUCACAGAGGGACACCAGAAUUCCCAGGUAGAACAGUGACACUGGAGCCUGCUGAAGGAGAAAUUUGUUGGGGUAUGGCCUACAAGAUAACAAAGGAGGAAGAUCAAGAAGUUGCACUGACAUACCUUGAAGUCAGGGAAAAACAAUAUGACCAGAAGGCUUAUGUAGAUCUUUUCACUGAGCCUGCAGCCUCAGCACCAGCUGUUUCUGGUGUAUUAGUAUACAUAGGUUCUCCAGACAAGAAGCUUAACGAGAACUACCUGGGACCUGCAUCAGUUGAAGAAAUUGCUAGUCAAAUUGCUCAUGCAGAAGGCCCCUCAGGACCCAAUAGAGAUUACCUUUUUCAACUUGAAAAAGCCCUUGGCCUCUUAGGGUGUGAAGAUAAACAUGUCAUCGACAUAGCAAAGGAAGUCAGGCGCAUUCUUUCAGAAGACGAGGUAACUAUCUCAUGAUCUUGCAGAUACACACACCUGGGG